GUUUUCACUCAGGCUCACGUAAGUUAAUUUAGGCAGGAAACCCUGGGCUGCUGUUGUUACAAUGCUGACAAUCAGCUGCCUAGAAAAGCAGGCCUGCUGAGCUGUUUGCUGUUCAGUUCAGUUCCAGCUUACUUAUAAAGAACUACUUGGAGAAAUCUCUGUGUCAUCUGCUAUAUCCACCCACUACUUAAUAAAUAACAACAACAACAACAACAACAACAACAACAACAAUGAUAAUACGUCUGCCCCACUCAUCUGGCGGGGUUGCCCCAGCCACUCUGAGCAGCUUCCAACACAUAUAAAAACAUCAUAAAGCACAAAAUAUUAACAUCUUCCUGAUAUAGGGUUGCCUGUAACAACAAAUUGAUUUUAUUUCAAAUAAAUCCCCAAACCCAUGUUUGUAUUAAUUUUUCUGUCAUGCUUGUUUUAUUUGUUGAGAGCUGCCUUGAGUCCUGGUUCAGGGAAAAAGAUAGGAUAUCAAUAAAUGUAGCAACAACAUCAUCAUUUUUUGGCUCUGGUCAUUGCUGGAGUGCGGCCCCUGACAGAUUAUUCCUGAGGGAAUAUGGCCCUCAAUGGGGGCAGGGAAGGUUUCCAACCCUUAUUUUGACAGUUGUGGAGGAAGAGGGAAUUCCAACAGUCAUGUGACUGCCUGACCAUCUCUCCCACAAAACUGCCAAAGGCCUAAGAAGCCUGCUUAACCUUCACACUGUGUCGUCAUAGCGAUGAUGUUGCUAUGGUGCCAACAGGUCUUUUGCAGUCAAGAUUCAGGUUCAUAUAUUGAUUGCUGCAGCCUUCUAGGGCACAGUAGAUAUGGACUGACUUACUGAUAAGUAAGAAAAGGCAGGUAGGGCUUUCUAAGACUUUCUGAUGUCAUUUUAUGAGAAAUGUGUUUGUUUGUUUGUUGCUUAUGGAAGGGAAAUAGAGGUUCUGGAGGUCCCUAAGGUACCUUUGACCUCCGUUGUUCUGGACUUUGUAAAUGAAUACAGGCAACAACCAUUUUAGGCGUGUCUCAUAUGUGCUUGAAUGGGCAUGUAUGCAUCACGCCCACCCUGGAAGUGACCCAAAAACAUCACAAAAAUGGGCAGGAAGCGGAACGAGGUGCUUUCAUGCUUUUUCAAUAGGCUUUCCAAUUACCGUAUUUUUCACUCUAUAAGACGCACCAGACCACAAGACGCACCUAGUUUUUGGAGGAGGAAAACAAGAAAAAAAAUAUUCUGAAUCUCAGAAGCCAGAACAGCAAGAGGGAUCGCUGCACAGUGAAAGCAGCAAUCCCUCUUGCUGUUCUGGCUUCUGAGAUAGCUGCGCAGCCUGCAUUCGCUCCAUGAGACGCACACACAUUUCCCCUUACUUUUUAGGAGGGAAAAAGUGAGUCUUAUAGAGCAAAAAAUAUGGUAUUUGCAAUUUCACUUAAGUGCAUGGUGCCUGUGGAACUGAAGCGUUCAAUAAUUCCCAAAGAAGAGGAAUGACACAUCCUCCAUGGAGGUUGCUACUUGCCAUUUAUCAUUCCCUCCAUUUCUGACAUCCACAUUGUGAAUGGCAUUGGUUACAUGUUCAGGACAGCAGAGCCUAGAACACCCACCAGUAAUGUAAGCUUAACUGUCUACACCACCAAGCUGAUCUGUUGGAUUCCUCCAAAGAGGGUGUCACAAUAGGACUUGCCUCAGAAUAGGAGCCCCAUACAGCUGGCACAUUUCAAAGCUGGGGCUUCACCUGGAGCUGGCAGCCACUAUAUAGAGUUGUCAUAUUUUAAAGAGCAAAAAAGAGGACGCUAUGAUGACUCUCAGGGACGCGGCUGGUGCUGUGGGUUAAACCACAGAGCCUAGGACUUGCCGAUCAGAAGGUUGGCAGUUCAAAUCCCCGCAACGGGGUGAGCUCCCCUUGCUCGGUUCCUGCUCCUGCCAACCUAGCAGUUCGAAAGCACGUCAAAGUGCAAGUAGAUAAAUAGGUACCGCUCCAGCAGGAAGGUAAAAGGCAUUUCCGUGCUCUGCUCUGGUUUGCCAGAAGCAGCUUAGUCAUGCUGGCCACAUGACCUGGAAGCUGUACGCCGGCUCCCUCGGCCAAUAAAGCAAGAUGAGUGCCCCAACCCCAGAGUCGGUCACGACUGGACCUAAUGGUCAGGGGUCCCUUUACCUUAUGACGACUCUCAUUUUAAAUACCCCUACUAUAUGUAGGCUAUAGAAGCUGUGAUAUAUUGCUGGAGGGGGCAGGUGAAGAGAAGAGGAAAGCAAGUCUUCAGCCAUGUCUCACCCAGAAAGUAUAGCCUGAGACAUUUUGGAAGAUUUUAAAAAUCUACCCACACAGAAAUUUUACCCCCCCCCAAAAAAAGGAUGUGCCCUGGAAAAAGAGGACACAUGGCAACCCUACAUAGCAGGCAUUGAUGAGGGCUUCUGCAAGCAGGCAUUGAUGAGGGCUUCUGCAACUUCUGUCUCCACUUGCUCUCUGCCCCAGCUCCAUGUCAUAGCUGUCAACGUUUCCCUUUAUUAAAGGGAAAUUCCCUUAUUCUGAAGAGGAUUUCCCUUUAAAAAAGGGAAAAGUUGACAGCUAUGCUCCAUGUAGCACUACCUCAGAGCUAGGUGAGGGGGAAUUAUUUUGUGUAGCCUCAGCCUAAUCCCUCACCUAAAUACUGCUACCAUACCAGGCCCUCCAAUCCCCGGCCCUGGAGAAAGAUGUUAGACAUUCAGUCAACUUGAGCAUAGUAAAAAACAAACCAGUUCUUGAUCUUGCAGCAAAGAUGUAUGCAAAGUUAAAACUUUAGUUUGCGUUCUGAUUUGGGUCAUUGUCAGGAAGGGCUGGUGCCAUGAACCUGGAUGGUGCAGAGGGCACAGCAGCGGUGAGGUUGGGGUGGCAAGGCUACACUGGCACAGCCAAUCCAGUGCUCCUUUUGGUAUGCCCGCUGCAACCACACCUUGCUGCUGCAAUGCCCUGAAUGUCCGCUCACCUUUCAUAGUGGGCAGUGUUGCGGGCAGGCAUCCGGUUCCUGGCAGUGAUCCAGCUUGGGGGCGGGAAGUUGACUCCCCCCUUGCACUGACCCCCGGCUACGUCACGCCUAGUGGCCCCGUCAGCUAAACAUUGCUGUGGGAGAUUUAAACUGCAGUGUGGUGGCUGGGGGGCUCCCCUCUUUCACAUCCUUGCCUGAUUUUCCAGCCCACCCACCCUCUUUUUAUGCGUUGGUAUGACAAAACCUUGCUAUGGACAAAUGUUGGCCGCCAUAUUGUUGUUGGGAAUGGGUAGGAAUUUUUCCACUUGGUGAAUUGGCUCCAGCCAUUUGGUUUUCACCUACCUUGUAGCAAUGGUAACAACUUUGUGAGGUUUAGCCUUCAUUUAAUGGAGGGGAGGUUGUAGCCUCCACCUGCCUCUCUGCAAUAAGGUUAGCCUGUUAAAGGGAUCUGGGGUGUGUGUGGAUUCUGUUUGAUGCCUGGAUGUGGGCUAGCCCUAUGAUAUAAGUCAAGGGCUCCCUCUAUUGUUGGUUUACCUUUAGUUGGACUCCCUGAUGAUGGACAGGAGUUGAGAUAUAGCCUGGCUUCACUCAAUGCCUAAGCCAAACUGCUCACUUCUGUAACCAAUAAAGUUGUGGCCUAUUUUAUCCCAUAAACCUAAAUACUCGUGUCCGUGCAUUUAUUAAUCACUUGGGAACUGCUGGGCACCAAGCUUGGCAUGCAACCACACUGUCUGGGUAAGUGUCAGUGAUAUUGGUGCCAAGAAGUUAAGUCCAUGGUGUCAAAACCUCCCCACCAGCAACUCCACAUCAUCCUGCAUCUUACCAAACCCCCCGCUUUCCAAUCCUACAUCAAAUCUAAAGCAGAAAUUCAAUCAAACUGAUUUAUCUAUUACAUGCUUUACCUUUUUCUUCUUGUUGUUGUUUGUUUUUUGAGGGUGGAUGGAGGCAUUCCUGCAGCACUGUAUAACAAUUAUCUCUUCUGCAAAAUUUCCAACAGCCCAGAAACCCCUCCAUUGAUGCAUUAUCUCACCUUGCGCUGGUUCAAUAUGGGAAUGCUACUAUUCCUGGCGUGUAAAGGUAAGCAAAGCAGGACCCUUACAUUAUUAAACCAGGGCUCUGAAAUGUAAUAUAAACAGGGCAGCUUGCAAAAUUUAACUUUUAAAAAGCUAAUUGUGCUAAAUGACAUUUUUAUGAAUGUGAAUAAUUGGAAAUGAUAUUUUGUGGGUCACAAGGUGAACAACUAGGCAUCGUUCUCUACAUCACCAUCACUCCCUCUAAUAGGAGCUAUGUAAUGUUGAGUGCAACUCUGGAAAAAAUAAAACCCUGAAAAAGGGACAAGAGUCAAUUACCUUGCUUGACACACUCAGAGCUUAUAAUUAUAUAAAGUACUAGCAAUCUCUUACACAGCAUUGCUCAGGAAACCCAGAUCAGUGCAGUUUUCAAGUUAGCAGUUAGAAUUAGUGAAGUUUUGAAAGGUGUACUCCACCAUCUUGUUUCAAAGCUGCAUCAGAGUGUACCCAAACACUGACAAAAAAACCCCCCUGCUCAUCUCAGGAACCCACCAUACAAAAUAUGGGUGCUGUCCUACUGCAAAUGACACCAAGUUCAGCAGUCCCAAAUUCACACACAGGGGCAAUCAAAGAAAUCAAGUUCUGGUCAUGGUCCAAACUCAAAACACAGGAACAACAUAAAAGGCAAGGUUCAGAAAUAUUCUGAUGUGGGGAAACCCCACGUAAUGUUAAUUGCACAGUUGAGUCCUUUACUCACUAGCAAUGAGGUGUGAUGCCUGAGAAUUUUCCAAAAGCAAAGUUUUAUUUCUUGCUUGAGCAGGAAAGCUUACAGCAAGCAAUAAGGAAAGUGAUCAGAGGCUGGAACCCUGAUCUCUGUUUACACACCAUUUUCAUAGUCAUAUAGACAUGCAAGGCACCCAGUGAUACAGUCCUACUGCCAGUUGAACUGUGAAGACAGAUCUUUCCACACCUCAGCUAGCUAGGCAUUUCCCUGUUUAAAGGCCAUGCCUAAGCAUGCUUCUAAAACUUUCUUUUACGCCUUUUAUUGCAGCCUGCUCUUUUUACAUUCCUCUCGUAAGAUUGCAUUUCAGCAUGAUUACAAUAAGAAUAAUUGGUUAUGAUAUAUCAAAACAGUGUCUGUCUGGGCAACGUUUGGUGCCCCCAAAUGAAUCUUCUCAGUUAUGGAUCUUCUCAAUUUUGUGCCCCCUCCAUUCAGCACCAUGUGUAGGGGAACUGCCUAAAGAAAAAGGGACUCCUGCCUGUUAAGUCCAGUUGUGGACGACUCUGGGGUUGCGGUGCUCAUCUUGCUUUACAGACUGAGGGAGCCAGCGUUUGUCCACAGACAUUUUUUCCAGGUUAUUUGGCCAGCAUGACUAAGCCACUUCUGGCACAAUGGAACACCGAAACCAGAGCAGCACACAUGGAAACACCAUUUACCUUCCCGCUGGAGCAGUACCUAUUUAUCUACUCAAUUUUGUGCCCCCUCCACUCGGCACUGUGUGUAGGGGAACUGCCAAGGUAAAGGGACUCCUGACAGUUAAGUCCAGUCGCGAAUUACUCUGGGGUUGCGGCACUCAUCUCACUUCAGGCCAAGGAAACCGGCGUUUGUCCUCAGACAGCUUUCUGGGUCAUGUGGCCAGCAUGACUAAACAGCUUCUGGUGCCAUGAGACACUGACAAGUGCCAGAGCGUAUGGAAACGUCAUUUACCUUCCCUCUGCAGCAGUACCUGUUUAUCUAGUCGCACUGGUAUGCUUUAGAACUGCUAGGUUGGCAGGAGCUAGGAUAGAGCAACAGUAGCUCACCCCGUCACGGGGAUUUGAACUGCCAACCUUCUGAUUGGCAAGCAUGCAAAAGGAAGGGAGAUAGUAGUAAUGGGGGACUUCAAUUACCUGGAUAUUUGUUGGAUGUCAAACUCAGCCAAGAGCAUAAGGUCAAACAGAUUCCUCACUGGCCUUGCAGACAACUUCAUUGUCCAGAAAGUGGGAGAAGCAACAAGAGGAACAGCCAUUUUAGAUCUGGUCCUAACCAAUGUUGAUGACCUGGUUAGUGGGGUAGAAGUGGAAGGAUCAUUAGGCGCGAGUGAUCAUGCUCUUCUGAAGUUUACUAUACAGCGGAAAGGAGCAGCCAAGCAUACUAGGACUCAAUUUCUUGACUUUAAGAAAGCCGACUUCAUAAAACUUAGGGAAGUGCUGGGUGAGUAAAAGCACAACUUCAGGCAAUACCAAUGAGACGGAAACAUGGAAGGUACCUAAAGAAGCCAGGGUGGCUAUCUAAAUAACUUUUAACUGAAUUAAGAUUUAAAAAGGAUGUGUACAAAAAAUGGAAAAGGGGGGAAACCACCAAAGAGGAAUUCAAACAAAUAGCCAGCACGUGUAGACACAAAGUCAGAAAAGCUAAAGCACAGAAUGAACUCAGGCUUGCUAGAGAGGUUAAAAGCAACAAAAAAGGCUUUUAUGGGUAUGUUCGUAGCAAAAGGAAGAACAAAGAAACAGUGGGGUCACUCAGAGGAGAAGAUGGUGAAAUGCAAACAGGGGACACAGAAAGGGCUGAACUCCUCAAUGCCUCAAUGCCUUCUUUGCCUCAGUCUUCUCCGAUAAAGAAAACAAUGCCCGACCUGAAGAAUUUGGAGUAAAUGAUUCAGCAGAGGAAACACAGCCCAGAAUAACUAAGGAGAUAGUAGAAGAAUACUUGGCUAGUUUAGAUGUAUUCAAGUCUCCAGGGCCAGGUGAACUGCAUCCAAGAAUAUUAAAAGAACUGGCAGAUGUGAUCUCAGAACCACUGGCAGUCAUCUUUGAGAAUUCCUGGAGAACAGGCGAAGUCCCGGCAGACUGGAGGAGGGCAAAUGUUGUCCCUAUUUUCAAAAAGGGGAAAAGAGAGGACCCAAAUAAUUAUCGCCCAGUCAGUCUGACAUCAAUACCAGGGAAGAUUCUGGAGCAGAUCAUUAAGCAAACAGUCUGUGAGCACCUAGAAAGGAAUGCUGUGAUCACCAAUAGUCAGCAUGGAUUUCUGAAAAAUAAGUCAUGUCAGACUAACCUGAUCUCGUUUUUGACAGAAUUACAAGCCUGGUAGAUGAAGGGAAUGCAGUGGAUGUAGCCUACCUUGAUUUCAGCAAGGCAUUUGACAAGGUGCCCCAUGAUAUUCUUGUAAAGAAGCUGGUAAAAUGCGGUCUUGACUAUGCUACCACUCAGUGGAUUUGUAACUGGCUGACUGACCGAACCCAAAGGGUGCUCAUCAAUGGUUCCUCUUCAUCUUGGAGAAGAGUGACUAGUGGGGUGUCACAGGGUUCUGUCUUGGGCCCGGUCUUAUUCAACAUCUUUAUCAACGACUUGGAUGAUGGACUCAAGGGCAUCCUGAUCAAAUUUGCAGAUGACACCAAACUGGGAGGGGUGGCUAACACCCCAGAAGACAGGAUCACACUUCAAAACGACCUUGACAGAUUAGAGAACUGGGCCAAAACAAACAAGAUGAAUUUUAACAGGGAGAAAUGUAAAGUAUUGCACUUGGGCAAAAAAAAUGAGAGGCAUGAGAGGCAUACAAGAUGGGUGACACCUGGCUUGAGAGCAGUACAUGUGAAAAGGAUCUAGGAGUCUUGGUUGACCACAAACUUGACAUGAGCCAACAGUGUGACGCGGCAGCUAAAAAAGCCAAUGCAAUUCUGGGCUGCAUCAAUAGGAGUAUAGCAUCUAGAUCAAGGGAAAUAAUAGUGCCACUGUAUUCUGCUCUGGUCAGACCUCACCUGGAGUACUGUGUCCAGUUCUGGGCACCACAGUUCAAGAAGGACACUGACAAACUGGAACGUGUCCAGAGGAGGGCAACCAAGAUGGUCAAAGGCCUGGAAACGAUGCCUUAUGAGGAACGGCUAAGGGAGCUGGGCAUGUUUAGCCUGGAGAAGAGGAGGUUAAGGGGGGAUAUGAUAGCCAUGUUCAAAUAUAUAAAAGGAUGUCACAUAGAGGAGGGAGAAAGGUUGUUUUCUGCUGCUCCAGAGAAGCGGACACGGAACAAUGGAUCCAAACUACAAGAAAGAAGAUUCCACCUAAACAUUAGGAAGAACUUCCUGACAGUAAGAGCUGUUCGACAGUGGAAUUUGCUGCCAAGGAGUGUGGUGGAGUCUCCUUCUUUGGAGGUCUUUAAGCAGAGGCUUGACAACCAUAUGUCAGGAGUGCUCUGAUGGUGUUUCCUGCUUGGCAGGGGGUUGGACUCGAUGGCCCUUGUGGUCUCUUCCAACUCUAUGAUUCUAUGAUUCUAUGAUUCUAAGCCCAAGAGGCUCAGUGGUUUAGACCACAACACCACCCGCGUCCAUGGGGAACUGCCUAUGUCGCCCUAAAUUGGCUAUGGCUAUACCCUCAUUGGCCCAACUCACUUCUUCCCUGGAUGGAGGACAGAGUGUAGGAUAAUAUGUAGAAACUAGCCUACUGAUUACAAUAAGAAUAAAUGAUUAUAAUAUAUCAAAACGACAGCUGUCUGGCUCAAGAUGGCAUUCAUCAGUUACAAUGGAGGCGGAGGUGGUCUUGCUUCAGUUACAACAAGCCCAAGGUCAAAACACAGGAAAACUCAGUCACAUGUCUGGCAACUUGUGCAAAGAUAUUGUUCCAACACUCUGGCAACUGGAGUUCUUUGGCCAUGAGCCAUCUGAGCCCCACCCAGAGCAAAGCAACUAAAUGGCAGCAGAUGGCAGCAGACAAUCCGGAUGAUGAUUGUUAUUAAUUUCUAGCCACUUUCUCUUGCCCGAAGCAACUUACAACAAACCGGCCAAUCAUAGAAGCAUAGAAUUCUAGAGUUGGAAGGGACCCCAAGGGUCAUAGUUCAACCUCCUGCAAUGCAGGAAUCUCAGCUCAAGCAUCCAUGACAGAUGGGCAUCCAACAUCAAGGAAGGAGAGUCCACCACUUCUCGUAGGAGUCUGUUCCACUGCUGAACAGCUCUUACUAUCAGAAAUUUUUUCUUGAUGUUUAGUUGGAAUUUCCUUUCUUGUAACUUGAAGCCAUUGGUUUCAGACCUACCCUCUGGAGUAGCAGAAAACUAGCCUGUUCCAUCCUCCAUGUGAUAGCCCGUGAGAUAUUUGGAGAUGGUUAUCAUAUCUCCUCUCAGUCCCCUAUUUUCCAGGCUAAACGUACUCAGCUCUUUCAACCGUUUCUCCUAAGGCUUGGUUUCUAGAACCUUCAUAAUCUUGGUGGCCCUCUGCACAAUUGACCAAAACAAAGGUCCACAUCACCUGUGGAGUUUGAUCUACUCAUGAGGAGGAGCUUCCCUCAAUCCCAGAGAGACCCGGUUCUUUAGGCUGGCACUUCAGUGUUUGGCACCUGACUGUGCCUGCACUUUUAGGAGCUAUUGCUCACCUGGACUUGGAAGCAGCUUGCUAUUAAAAUAUAAAUAAUGUAAUGAUGCUAUGUGGCUAAGUACUGCCAAUUCAAAUAUUAACCUUAGAAAAGGUAACAAACAAUAAUAAUGGAUCUUGAUGAUUCUUCUUCCUUUCCUGCUUUUAGGGCUGUCUCUGGAGUGCUGGAUUUGUAAUGACAUUGAACUGGAUUGCACUGGAACUUUGAAGAAAUGUUCAUCUAUUUUUGACAGUUGUGCCAUUGUUCAAUCAUACAACAUUAGAGGUAUGUGCAAGAGAUCAACAACCACUGACAGGGUUCAGUGACCACUGGUCCUAAUUCUGCAGCUGUGAUGUUAAAGGGUUCUUAGCUCACAGCUUGGGACUAAGAUACCUUAAAGAUAGUCUCAUCUAUAAUAUACCCAAUGCAACACUGCACUCUGCAGAAGAAGGCCUCCUACAGAUACUGUCUUAUCAGAAGGUCUGUUCUGCAGAAUAUAAGAAUUGGGCAUUCAGUGUGGUGGCACUUUGAAACGACACCUGAGAUAGAUAUGGCUCCUUAAUUAUUAUUUUUUUAGAAGUGUCCAGAACAAAGGCCCCUGAACUUAUUUGCCUGUACUUUGGCAGGCUUUUUCCCUUCAGAAAGGGCUAUGAUGCCAGCAAAUUUCAUCUGCUUCUGUCAAAUGCAGGAAAGUUAUAGCCAUUUUUACUUCCCAAUAGUAAAAGUGGGAGAUGAUUGAGCAGAUCUCAAAGCUAUAACAGUGGCCCUUGGGGGGGGGGGACUACUGCAGCUAUCCUUCCAAAAUUUGCUAGGAUUCGUGCCCUUGGAAAGGGCAGGCUUUGCCUGCAAAUUCCAUCCAGUUCUUCACAGAAAGAAAAAAGAUAUAAUCCCUUUUAAAAUAGGAAAGGAAAGGAAAGGAAAGGUGUGCAGCACAAAUGUCCCCAGACUUAUUUGCCUAUAAUUUGACAGGCACUAUCUUCUCUGCAGGAGCGACCAUGCCUGCAAAUUUUACCAACUUCUGUUGAAAGUGAGAUGCAAUUUUAUAUAUAUAAAAUUGGGAAAGGCAAAAUGAAGUGGAUUCAGAUAGAUAAGUCAAAGCAGGCAAUCUAUGGAGCACCUUUAGCCAAGGCAGCCUAUUCACAAAGUGCCUAGAUUUGAACCAAAGCUCAGUGCCCCCCUCUCCAAUAUAUAUAAUAUAUAAAGAUAUAUUAGAACAACACAGAUGCCUGCUUUCAGCAUUAUGAGCUCCUGCACUUAAACAUUUACCACUACACCACUGAUCAGAGCCUGUCCACAUCAUGUCCUCCCUUUCGAUUUAAAAUUCUCUCUCUCUCUCUCUCUCUCUCUCUCUCUCUCUCUCUCUCUCUCUGUCUCAAAUCCUUGCAGGACAACAAUACGUGCUGAAAACCUGCAAGCAAUCCACUAGCUGCUAUGAAGGCUUCACAGCCAUUAAAUUUGCUGAAGGAGAAACAGUGUUCACCAAGGUUUCCUGUUGCAAGGGGAAUGGCUGCAAUAAGGCUGCUCCACCAUGUAUUUUAUGCAUUUAUAUACCCUUAUGUUGUCCAAACUAUGUAUCAUAUCACCUUAAACUGCAUCAUUUGUUACCCUCCAACUCCUCUCUGUAGUUAGGAGGGGUGCCAGCUAAUGUUUUGAGGUGGGAAUUUGUUUUUUAUGCUAUUUUAUUCUCUCUGCAUAUGCCCCUGGUAGUUCAUCCUGAAACCCAGAAAAUAAAGAUUAUCAUAUCGUAUCGUAUCUGAGGACAAAGGGCACUUGCUACUGUAUAUUUGCACAUAAACGCCUGCAUUCUAGUUGUAAUAAGCUGCAUAGCUCUACCUUGAGAUCAAGCAGGCAAACUCACUGUAUUCCUGACAGUGCCUGCUGAAAACAGCGGCAUCUAUCCAGAUGCUUAGAAAGUUGAGGUAGUUUUAAUCUGCUUUAGUUUGUUUUAAAGUAGGGUUGUAUCCCCUCCCCCUGAUUUUAUUGCUUUAUCUUUUUGUAAAGCACUUUUAGGUCCUGUCCCCCCCUCAACCAAGUGGUGCAAUAUUUUAUGAGAUAAAAUACAUCAGCAGAAAUCUGCACUAAAAUGAAAGGUGUUUUUUUUAAAAAAACCAUUUGCACAUUUUAUUUGAAAAUGUGUAACAAGGAAUUUUGGUGGAUUCUAUUGUGGUUCUACUGCAUAUGUAGUGACUGCUGAUUCCUCCCCCCUUUUUGUUUUCCUUUCUUUGAGUGAUGCCAUGGCCUUUGGCUAGCGCAAUAAAACUUUAUGCAUUGCUAAAAUAAAUUCAGAACUGAUGUGGACAUGUGGGGAACUGAAAUUAAGAUUGGAAAAAUAAGAAAUAGAGAUAAUUUGAAAUUGACUGCUACACCCAUCCUUAUUCAGAGCAUGCUGCCUUAGACGGUAGGUGCAAUGCAAAGUUAUCAUAAGUAGCAGCCGUUAAAAUCUCUGAAAGCAGCAUUCUGAAAGGCAAUGUGAUGAGACCAUUGUCCUCUUCAGGAAUUUAGGUGGAUACAUAUGUGCAUGGGGACUGUGGCAUGCACAAUGACAUGGCCCCCAAUGCCUUCAUGUGUGUGGCCCCAUUUACUUUCCCACCACAGUGGUACCUAUUUAUCUACUCGAGCAGGAAUGCUUUCGAACCGCUAGGUUGGCAGGAGCUGGUACAGAGCAACAGGAGCUCACCCUGUUGCAUGGAUUCGAACCGCCAGCCUUACAACCAGCAACCCAAAGAGGCUCAGUGGUUUAGACCACAGUGCCACCUGCACCCCAAAUUCUAACCGCAUUAAUGAGUGCAAUAGCAGUUUCCCGCAAGGCUGACAAGGCUGCAGCCCUAUUCCUGCCUCUGACAAUGAUAUGAGGACUCCAAGUGUGUUAGGGUCUGGGAGAGAGCUAGCUCACCAGCACCUCCAUCAGGGACCCCCAUGUGUACUGUUCCAGUGUGUCCUCUCUCAACCUCCACACAGUCAGUGCAAAUGUCUAAAGGGGGCUCACAUGGCAUUCAACUGAACCUAGCUAGAAACUUCCUGGCAAGUAGAAACCCUACAUAGGAUUCUGGCUGAAGGGAGAAUACUCACUAUCCUGCUAUAGUAAUAAUCUCCCUCAGACAUUUGUGGUCUAGGCCAUCAUGCCUGUGAAUGUUGGGACCACAGUUUGAGUCCUCUCACAUUCAGCCAGUUCCCUGAAGAGGUUUAACCUCAGAGACGAUAGGUAGGUCAUUGCCACUCUUGUGCUGUUAUGGACUCUUCUCUGUAAAACACGGUUUGUGGCCUUGUGGCCCUUCAGUUGUUUCUGGGGUGCUGCAACAGUUUGAGGGAGACCAGUUCCCCCAUCCCUGCUAUGAAUGCUGUGAUAUUCCCAAGUAACAAAGCAAGAAUGAUCAUGGAUAUAAUCUCUCCUAGCAUGGAAGGGACUGAGAAAGGAGUCUGGUUGCCACUUUUGCCUGUUCUCCUUCUAACCUGACUCUCUCUGUUUACCCCCUUCACAGUGCCAGAUGUAAACAUGACAGCCAAUGGGAGGAAAUGUCAAGGGUGCUUUGCUAUCAACAGAAAUCGAUGCUUUGCUGAAGUGGUUGCCAACUGCGAGGGAGACCAGCACUAUUGUUCCGAUGUGUCUGGCUUCGCAGAGGUUCCAUCCCCUAUAUUUGCUGGUAAUUCAUCUCUUCCUCAUUCCCACCUCCUUUCACCCAGACCACACUCAAGUCCAGAAAUUUCAUUGGUACAGAACUUAUCUACCAGGGUGUUUGUGAGGAUCUGUCUUAUGGAGCUAUUCUGGUCAAAUACAUAGGGACAUCAGGUGUACAUGAGGCUAUUAGUGUGGCAUGUGCCUUCCCCAAAUCCCUCCCAAGCUCUCUUCCAAAAUUCUCAAAAAAAAAAACCCCUCCCCUUGCCACAGAUUGUCAGCCUCUCUUUUACAGAAUUGAACAAUCAAAACUUGGCAAUGCUAAGCAAAAACAGAAGCCAAACUCAGUGAAUCUUGGGAGAGGAAGAGGCUAGGCUGGCAUACAUGGGAAUGUUGGGGCCACAGAUUGAAUCCUCACACAUUCAACCAGAAUCUUGAAAAGGUUUCAUCUCGGACCCCUGUAAGGCAGGGCUGGGGAACUGGAUUUGGCUUAAGGGCUGGAUCCAGAAAUGGUCAGCCCCUCAACAGGUCACUUUGAUGGGUGGGUGGAGUCACCCAUCUGUCAUAUUGCCUGACAUCAUGUGACAUGAAGUAACUUCAAUCUGUGGCUGAAAAGGAAGAAUCUUCCAUGCUUGAAUUCAAGCUGCAGGAAGAAUCAGGAGGGCACUGCAUGUAAACUUGCAGUUCUUCAUUUGCAGGCAAAGUUGAGUCCUUUUUAAACAUGGCACCUUUUUCUGUUGCCAUGCAUAGCAGGGACUCUAAGAGAAACUAGGCACUCUCCAGUUUCCCCAAGCUAGAUGACAUAAUGUCCUUAACGAGCUAUUUCAGGGGAAUGGAUUGGGUCCAUUUCCAUUUUGGGUCUAGAUUUCGGGUCCAUUUCCAAUCUGCGUAUAUUUAUUCUUAAGGCUGUCUCUUUCCGCAUUGGUCUGUUGUUGUUUUUUAAAUGCAAAUAGUGAUAAUUGAAUGCACAUUAUGAGGAGAUUUCACCCCUCCCAUAUCCAAGAAUCUGCUGAUGAGUCUGGUGAUUUUCCAGAGAGGAGGGGCAGUGUUCUGCUCUCUACUUAUUCCGCUCCAGCCUAACAUCAAAGAGUCAGUCAGUCAGUGUGUCGGAGAGAGAGAGAGAGACUGAGUGUUAGAGAUCGUGUGUAUAGAUAAGGUUGCUGCUAAGAGCAGCUUUCGGCACUCAGUGCAGUUCAGCAUUCAUUUUGCUUAGACCUCAUUUAGCUCUGUAUAUAGUUGUAUAUUAUAGUUGUAGAUAGAAUAAAGAAGAUAUUCUACAGAGGUGCUCUCCGAGUCGUUCAUGCUCUGCUAUACUCUGCUUUACUCUGCUGUGCGACGACUGUCUUCUUGUGGGAGUGAAUCUGGUGCUCACAACUCUAAGCUGUGAGUCCACAGCACUUUGACCUGUUCCUGUGUAGAAGGUGGUCUCUGGAAGUGCUACCCAGCUCGCCUAGCCCAGUCGGGGCUGAAGUGGAUGAGUCCAGUUGGUGGCACUGGCUCAGGGGUGAUGCUGACAUAUUACGUUUCACUCACAAUGCACACACUUUUAAAUUUCAUUAAACAAUGUAUUUUUAAAGUGUGCUCCCCCCACCCACAUGUUGAUGUGUUUUUCUUAGAUGAGGCCUGUAUCACAGCUUUUUGAGAAUUGCAAAAUUUCCAAUGGGGAGUGGGGAACUGGUGCAUGUACAGACAGGACUCCUCAGCAGCCUCCACCACAAAGGGAAUUGACCCUGCCCCUCUUGUAGCAGAGACAGGAUCCUUCUUGCAGGGAAAGCAGAAGGAACCAACUCCUCAGUUUUCCAUCCAGCCACGAUUAAGCUUUCAGGGUUCGCCGACUGGGAUAGGUGCAAAUUGAUUUGGCUUGCUGAAUAAGGUGGACUGCAACAAAUUCUUCCUAAUCACGGGAUGCUGUGAUUCCUCUGGUGCUGACUGCCUUCUCCUUCCUUUGUCUCUGCAGGAUCUCCUGCCUUGGUGAUUGUAAUUGCCUUCAAGGGCUGUGUGAACAAAGCUUUCUGCGAUGCUCAUUAUGAAGGUGUUUUCCAUACUUCCAUGCUUGUUGUGACUGCAAGAGGUCGUUGCCAGCUUGCUUCUUUUAUGGUUCGUGCCGCUCCACAAUUCUUUGGACUCUUCCUUCGAGCCUUGGUUGGGCUCCUCCUUGCGAUGAACUUUGCUUGAUUUCCAUCCAGCAAAAGGGUCCAGGGGAACCACACUUAAAUAGUCCUUCCUUCCCAUGUGGCUAAUGAAAAGCCAUAAGCAGACCAAAGGCUUUACAGGGAAGAAGACCUCAGAUCUCCCAAAGUGUACAAGUGCCCGUGUGUUAUUUUCCACUGCGGUGUCUAGCAGUAUCAGAACAUGGCAACAUCAAGCAGGAAUCAGUGGAAGCUGGAACUGGGAG